AGUCAGUCUCCCAGUCCUGAUCGCAUGUCCGCAUUAACCUUCCCCGGCUUCUUGCUCAUCUCCACCCUCGAUUCUCCUGUCUAUCGACCAGGAGCCGUCUAAUCUCGUGUGCUCACCUUCGCGCAUCUAACGAACCCACUAUCUCCGUCAUUGAAACCCUUGCUCCGGACUCCCCUCCCCCUUUCCGGCCAGGUGUUUACCGCUCCGACUUUCUCAACACCAAUUCGAAUCCCCCCCCUCCUUCCUUCACGCCUCCCCAUCCACACAAAGCAACAAACAUGGCUACCCCGGUAGCACCCCCCGAAGACCAGACUCGUCUCCUCGAGGAGGCAUUGGGCGUGGUGCGUCAGCAGUCGCAGAUGAUGCGGAAAUGUCUAGAGACCCCCGGCAAAUUAAUGGAUGCGCUGAAAUGCGGGUCUACAUUAGUUUCCGAGCUCCGCACCCCUAGUCUGGGCCCCAAGCAAUACUACGAGUUAUAUAUGGCGGUCUUCGACGCCCUGCGACACCUCUCCGUAUACCUGAAAGAGAACCACCCGGUCAACCACCUGGCCGACCUGUACGAGCUCGUCCAAUAUGCCGGCAACAUCAUCCCGCGACUCUACCUCAUGAUCACCGUCGGGACGGUGUACAUGUCCGUGGAGGACGCCCCUGUCAAGGAGAUCAUGAAGGACAUGAUGGAGAUGAGCCGCGGCGUGCAGCACCCUAUCCGCGGCCUGUUCUUGCGGUACUACCUGUCGGGUCAGGCGCGGGAUCACCUGCCGACGAGCGCAGGGGACGGGCCCGAGGGCAACCUGCAGGACUCGAUCAACUUCGUCCUGACCAAUUUCGUGGAGAUGAACAAGCUGUGGGUGCGCCUGCAGCACCAGGGCCCGUCCCGCGAGCGCGAGAAGCGCAUGCAGGAGCGCCGCGAGCUGGAGCUGCUGGUCGGCAGCAACGUCGUGCGCCUCAGUCAGCUGGUCGAUCUUGAGGGCUACAAGUCCGGCAUCCUGCAGGCGCUGCUGGAACAGGUCGUGCAGUGUCGGGAUGUGUUGGCGCAGGAGUAUCUGCUGGAAGUCAUCACAAAGGUCUUCCCGGACGAGUUCCAUCUGCACACCUUGGACCUCUUGCUCUCGGCGAUCUCUCGGCUCAACCCUCAUGUGGACUUGAAGAAGAUCGUGAUCGGGUUGAUGGACCGCCUGUCGAGUUAUGCUGCCCGCGAGAGAGAGGCUUCCGCAGAUCCAGAAGCACGCAAGCUGAAGGAGGAAGAAGCUGUUACCAAAUUGCUCGAGAAUCUCAAGGUGUCCGAAGAGACGAAGGCGGAGGAGCCAGCGACCGACGCAGAGGCAGCCCAGGAGAAUGGUGUCGAGCAGGCCAAGAAGGACAGCGAAACGGCGGAGGAAGGCGAGCGGAAACCAGCGAAUGGCGAUGCAAAGGCACCCGAGGCCAUCCCUGCCGAUGUCAAGCUGUAUGCCAUUUUCUAUGAUCAAGUGGUCAACCUGAUCAAGAGCCGCGGCCUCCCAAUUCAAGACACCAUGGCGCUUCUUCUGUCGCUGGCCAACCUAGCGCUCAACACCUACCCCGACCACUUGGAAUACGUCGACCAGGUCCUUGACUUCGCGGCGAAAGAGACCGCCGCCUAUACCGAUCACGCCGACCUGCACUCCGCUCCUACGCAACAAAAUCUCCUGCAACUUCUCACCGCUCCCCUCCGCUCUUACGUUUCGAUCUUCACGGCCUUGGCCUUGCCUCAUUAUAUCCCACUUCUGACCACCCAGUCUUACCCCACGCGGCGAUCUGUCGCGGGCGAGAUCGCUCGCAGCCUCCUCAAUAACGGAACCACGAUCACCACCACAGAGAACCUCGACCGUGUUCUGCAGGCUUUAAGAGUCUUGAUCAAGGAAGGGACCCAGCAGUCCAUGGGCUACCCUGGGUCUCAGCGACGAGGAGAGACGGAGGAGACCAUUGAGGAGCAAGGGUGGCUUGCGAGAUUGGUACAUUUGAUCAAGGCAGACGACAAUGAUACCCAGUUGAAGCUUCUACAAGCGACGCGAAAAGCUUACCUCGACGGCAACGAGCGCAUCCGCUACACCACACCAGCCCUAAUCACCUCGUCGAUACGCCUGGCGCGUAAACUCAAGGCUCGCGAGCACUACGAUGACAACUGGCAGUCACAGUCUUCGGCGCUGUACCGCUUCAUGCAUCAAUGCGUUAACAACCUCUACCAACGCGUGAACCCCGGAUGCGCCGACCUAGCGCUGCGGCUGUUUGUGAUGUGCGGUGAAGUGGCCGAUCAGACGGGCUUCGAAGAGUUCAGCUACGAGUUCUUUGCCCAGGCGUUUACGAUCUACGAGGACUCGAUCAGCGACUCCCGCGCGCAGUUCCAGGCCGUAUGCAUCAUUGCCGGGGCGCUUCACGGCACGCGGGGAUUCUCGAAGGAGAACUACGACACCCUCAUCACCAAGGCGGCGCUCCACGGCAGCAAGCUGCUCAAGAAGCCCGAUCAAUGUCGCGCCGUCUAUCUGGCCAGCCAUCUCUGGUGGGUGGUGGAGAACCCGCAACGGGGCGAGGAAGACCCGAAGAACCUCUACCGUGACGGCAAGCGCGUCCUCGAAUGCCUGCAGCGGGCCCUCCGCGUCGCCGACGCCUGCAUGGACACGGCCGUGUCCGUGGAACUCUUCGUCGAGAUCCUGAACCGUUACGUGUACUAUUUCGACCAGCAGAACGAAACCGUGACCACCAAAUAUCUGAACGGGCUGAUCGAGCUCAUCCACUCCAACCUGCAGACCGACAAGGACGAGCCCAACCCCAGCCUCGAGGGCCCCAAGCGCCACUUCCAACGCACGUUGGAAUACAUCCGAUCCCGGGAUUACGAAGGCGUAGUCACGGAACCGAGGCAGUAAGGGGGGACUGAACGACCUGUAUGAAUGAGAGACGCGUCUAUUUUAAUCACAUUCUGAUUCAAAGCCUUGAUUCAACUUUAAACCACCCACUUUUUCUGAUACAAUUCUUUUUCUUGUCGUCUUAGCAUCCUGUGUCUAUCUUCUUCCGUCUACAAGACUAUCCAUGGCCUGUAAGAUUCCCGUUCUCGUACUUUGAGUUGGUUUCUAUGGUUGAAACUUGGGGGGGAGGGCUGAGGUAUUUGUUCUUCGAUCUGCGUGUAUCAUCAUCAUCAUUACCGUCAAUAUCAACAUCAUCAACAACAACAAAGUAUCUACCUU